ACGUAAAGAGGCGGGGCUGGAGUAUGUGUGUGUAUGUGUGUCUGUGCGCGCGCGCGCGUUAUGCCAAGCCUCCUCCCCUCCUUCCUCCGGCUAAGGGUGCAGGGUUGCGGUGUGUUGGGCAGUGUGCAGCUCCACUCUGCACUGAAUGAACCACGGCUGGCUCCCCACAGCCCACGCAAGAGGCUCCGCGGCGCCACGGCAGAGAGGAUGCCCCGCUGAGUCAAGGGAUAGGUCCGGGAAAGUCAACCGGCCGUCCCCUUGCUACCUUUCCUUCCCUCCUCCUUUCGUAGCCAACCCAGCAGCAACAAGCGACACCCUCCUUCCUUCCACCGGGAAGCGAGAGAAGAAGACGACUUCCACUUCCCCGCACCUUGAAGAUACCGUGUUUUUUUUUUCUUCCACGCGUGGAGCUUUUGUCCAUGCCGAGCGUGGAUUGUAUGGAACAAGGCCUUUUGCACUGACGUCCUAGCAGUUAGCAAGAAGGCUAACUAGCAAGCUACACCUGCUAGCCGUCAUCGUUUCCCACCGAAGACUCGUCGGAUAACAAGUUUGACUUUUAUCGCCCCCCCCCCUCCGCCACUCACUUCUCUUCCUUUUUUGAAAGUGUUUUAUAAAUUCAAACGAGUCAAGUUUAUUGUUUCCGUUUUACGAAACGUGCCACACUAUUUUUUUUACACCGGUAAAAUAAGCUAGCAGCUUGCCCGACCUAGCAACCUAGCCUCUGCACUUAAACGCAUGACUUUUUUCUUUGUUUAGUCGUUUCAUGCGGUUUGAUCCACAUUCAGCACACCGGCUGGUUACAUUCGCUGGCUGGGUUAAAGCGGCUGAAUGAAAACAAAGGAACCAAGUGAAGACUUCAAGCUAGCUUUGCCUGUCGAUGCCCUGCAAGUCGGACUGCAGCCUUUUUGCUUUUUAUUUCAUUCUACUGCAUUAUUUAUUGGGAAUACGACAGCGGCGUCUGAGCUGAAGCAAGCAAGUCGAAGAGGGAGGACGGACCGUCGCCGAUCGGGUGUAGCUGUGACGCCGCAUUCCCCCAUGAACAUACAGAGGUCACAUCCUAUUAACAUUUCACGUCAUGGGAGAUCGCGGCACAAAUCGCACGACUUUGAAGACUUGUCUUGCUUGAGGACAGCGAGCGAGUCCCACCACAGCUUCAGCCCCAACCUCGGUUCUCCCAGCCCGCCGGAGACCCCGGACUCGUCGCACUGCAUCUCCCGCAUCGGGGACUACCUCCUGCUGGAGCCCCUGGAGGGGGACCACGUCUUCAGAGCCGUACACCUGCACAGCGGGGAGGAGCUCGUAUGCAAGGUGUUUGACAUCGGCAGCUACCAAGAGUCACUGGCGGCCUACUUCGCCCUGGGCCGCCACCAGCACAUCAACCAGAUCCUGGAGGUCCUGCUGGGCGAGACGCGGGCCUACGUGUUCUUUGAGCGGAGCCAUGGCGACAUGCACUCCUUCGUGCGCACCUGCAAGAAGCUUCGGGAGGACGAGGCCGCCCGGCUCUUCUACCAGAUAGCCUCGGCCGUGGCGCACUGUCACGACAACGGACUCGUCCUCCGCGACCUCAAGCUGAGGAAGUUUGUCUUCAAGAAUGAAAGCAGAAGCGUGGUGAAGCUGGAGAGCCUGGAGGACACGUACAUCCUGGACGGGCGCGACGACUCGCUGUCGGACAAACACGGCUGCCCGGCCUACGUCAGCCCCGAGAUCCUCAACGCCGGCGGCAGCUACUCGGGCAAGGCGGCCGACGUGUGGAGCCUGGGCGUCAUGCUCUACACCAUCCUGGUGGGGCGCUACCCCUUCCACGACGUGGAGCCGGGCUCCCUCUUCAGCAAGAUCCGCCGGGGCCACUUCAACGUCCCUGACACGCUCACCCCCAAGGCUAAGUGCCUGAUCCGCUCCAUUCUCCGUCGGGAACCAACUGAGCGCCUCACCUCCCGUGAGAUUCUGGAGCACCCCUGGUUUGCUGCCGCCGCCGCCGGAGCCCCGGGGGCUACGCACGGCCGAGGGGAGCAGGAGCAGCUGGUCCCUGAGGUGAGCAUGGAGGAGGUGGAGAUGUUCAGCUGAGCGCACGCCAAGCACAAACGGACCAGCAGCUCUGCCGCCACAGGGACGGGGGGUGGGGGGGGAGGCGGGGCAGGGCGGGGUUUCGCCACAAGAGCCCCAGUAGUUUAGCGAGGGUUUGUCGUCACUAUGAGGUGUUUCCAUCUUUGCUUCUCUACCAUUUCCAUGGAAACCUUGAAGCAUGACAAACGCCAUCGUGGCCCCACACGGCCCCCGGGACACCACAGGGCCCCACACGGCCCCAUGUGGCCCCCAGGACGCCGCCACUAAAAAUGUAGCAAAACGUACUUUUUUUUUUUUUUUCCCCUUUGUUUUGAUGUGCUGGUCGUGCUAGACGGCCACCAUGUUGACACUAUGGCAAGCAUGAAGGGACAUACGAGCACGGCCAAGCCACACCCCCUUUUCUCUUAGCCCGCCCAUCAAUAAACCAAAAGAAGAUGAAAUGUAUAUCUAUAUUGAUAGAAGUAUCAAAUCUAUAUUUCACAGUAGAUUGCAGGGUUUAACCCCCCCCUCCACAGGACAGGAUCUUUGUUUCAAGCCCCGCCCCUCCACUCUUUUUUUUUUUUGGUGCCAGUAUCCCCGCCCCCAGCAACAGUAUUGCUCCGCCCCCACCAUCGUGCUCGGAUGUUACUUGAAUUUUUAUUGUAUUUUUUCCAAUAAUCAACCUCAUUAUCAGCAUGCACCCCCUCAAUGCUAUAGCUUGCCUGCCUUGUGGGGGGUGGGGUUGGGGGGGGGGUUGGACAUGGGGGUGCGCUUGAUUCUUCAAAAACAAACCAUUUGCUCCCGCAGCAGGAAUCCUACUGCUUUUCUUUUCUUUCUAGACGGAGCUUCCUCUUUCUUUCAGUUGGUGCUGAGUUGGUGCUAAUCUUUUGUUUUCACGGGGGGGCGGGGGGGUGGUGCAU